AUGCGUGGGAGUUUUGCUGGCAGUACAUUCGUACCGGAAGAAAUUUUCGAACCAAAACAGUUACAUAUGGCUUCUUUGAAAAUACAAGCAGAUAUAGGGUUACUGUCCGUCUGGUGCGCUUGCGGUCCUUUUACUUCACAGAAAACAUUCUCUUUUGAGCAACUUUGCGAUCUGCUAGAAUUGGCAAAAAAGGAACUCCCCAAUAUUGGACCAUUUAUUGAUCGAACUAGUACAGCCGCGAGAUCACCUCAUCUCAAUGUUGAUUUCGACGAAUUUAUGGACGCACUACUUGCCAAAAUUGAUGAGACGCUAUCCGGGAUUGGCAACGUGAUAAGCAGUGCCGAGGAAUGGCGAACUACAGACGGUGGCAGCUUCAACCAUACUAAGGCACUGUACCGCAUUUUGAGGGAAUCAGUUGACGACCCGUUGAUAAACCGUUAG